GCCAAAUGCCGGGUCCUGCACUUGGGGCACAACAGCGCUGUGCAGUGCUACAGACUGGGGGAAGAGUGACUGGAGAGCUGCACGGAGGAGAAGGACCUGGGGGUGUUGGUUGACAGCGACUGACCGUGAGCCAGCAGCGGCCCAGGUGGCCAAGAAAGCCAAUGGCAUCUUGGCUUGUAUCUGAAACGGUGUGAACAGCAGGUCCAGGGAGGUGAUUCUGCCCCUGUACUCCGCACUGGUGAGGCUGCACCUCGAAUCUUGUGUUCAGUUCUGGGCCCCUCGCUGCAAGAAGGAUGUUGAGGCUCUGGAGUGUGUCCAGAGAAGAGCAAUGAAGCUGGAGAACAAGCCUUACGAGGAGCGGCUGAGAGAGCUGGAGUUAUUUAGCCUUGAGAAGAGGAGGCUAAGGGGAGACCUUAUUACUCUCUACAACUACCUGAAAGGAGGUUGUAGAGUGGAGGAUGCUGGUCUCUUCUCCCAAAUGACAGGUGGUAAGAUAAAGGGGAAUGGCCUCAAGCUGUACCGGGGGAGGUUCAGGCUGGACAUCAGGAAAAAAAUUUUCGCAGAAAGGCUCAUUGGGCACUGGCAGAGGCUGCCGAGGGAGGUGGUGGAAUAUCCCUGGAGAUGUUUAAAAGACGGAUAGGCGAGGUGCUCAGGGACAUGAUUUAGUGGCAGAUAGGAAUGGUUGGACUCCAUGAUCCAAGAGGUCUUUUCCAACCUGGUGAUUCUAUGAUUCUGUGGUACUUGGCUCACAGUGAUGGGGAUGAGGGGACACAGGUGCAUGUGGUGUCUGGCAUCUUAACAGCCCCAGUGCAGAGUGAGCAUGGGCUUUGAGGUGAGGUUAAUCUGUCCUGGAUGAGACCGGGAACUGACUUCUUAUACCAAAUUAUACUAAAAUCUUGAAGAGAAAACCCAAAGAAGAGCAUAAGCCAUAUGCACUGGAAAUGGAAAAGAGCGCAGCUGCUGACUUGGUGAUGCAGAACAUUUGCUACCAUCACGAUGCCUGAGGUAAACACAGACCACCUGGAUGAGCAGCAGGUGCAGCUCUUGGCAGAGAUGUGCAUCCUGAUUGAUGAAAAUGAUAAUAAGAUUGGAGCAGAUACCAAGAAAAACUGUCACCUGAAUGAAAACAUUGAUAAAGGUUUACUGCACCGAGCUUUCAGUGUUUUCUUAUUUAAUACAGAAAAUAAACUGUUGCUCCAGCAGAGGUCAAAUGCAAAAAUUACAUUUCCAGAUUGUUUUACCAACACUUGUUGCAGUCAUCCUCUAAGCCAUCCCCUAGAACUGGAAGAAAAUGAUGCCAUUGGUGUUCGUCGAGCAGCACAGAGACGACUGAAAGCAGAGUUGGGAAUUCCCAUGGAGCAGGUAACUCCAGAAGAAAUCUCCUAUCUGACACGAAUUCACUACAAGGCCAAGUCUGAUGGGAUCUGGGGUGAACAUGAGAUAGACUAUAUCUUAUUUGUACAGAAGGAUGUAACGCUGAAUCCUGAUCCUAACGAGAUCCGAAGCUACUGCUAUGUGACACAGAAAGAACUGAAGCAGCUCUUAGACAAAGCCUCCAAGAAUGAAAUUAAGAUUACUCCAUGGUUUAAACUAAUUGCAGAGACCUUUCUUUUUAAGUGGUGGGAUAACUUAUCUAACUUGAACAAAUUUGUUGAUCAUGAAAAAAUACACAGAAUGUAAACAGCUGGGAUAAAAGGUGCCGAAAGCUAGUGGUGAUGGGCUGUCUCAUUAACACUGUGGUGACUCAUGACUUCAUUGCAGAAAACGGAUCCACCUGGAGCAUGUUUAACAAAUAACUUUAUAUAGCGAUGGUUAUAGCUGAUGUUUUUUCUCCUCUCUUCACCUCCUCUUCUCCCCAGCCCUGUUCCUCUUGGGAGAGUUAAGCUUCGUGUCAUGUAAAGUAAGUAGCAGUAACAUAAAAAAAAAAUCUGGGUUUAUCUUUCUCUGUUACUUCCUGUGAUGUGAAAGAUCCGCAGCCUGUGUGUGCCCAGUAUGCCCUUAUUUCCUUGCAUAACCCAGGCUGCAGGGGAAUUUGGGUGCCUUCUGUCCAGCUCUUUUGGGAGAGCUGGUACAUUCCCAACUUCACAUGACUAUGCCUUCUAAAAUAGUGAUUACAAAAGAAUUUGAGUUCUGCAUUGAUGUUAAGAAGACUACUUGCCUGAAGAAAAAAACAGUUAAUUCAAAGUAAUUGGGAUGAUUGUAAUUGCAAAAAGCAAAUCUCUGCAGCUACUGUACUCUGUAAUUAACCAAACACAGAAAAGCUUAAGUAAUUGGAUUCUCAGUGUGCACUAGGUUUCACUUUGAAGUGUUGCAAUAUGUGUCUUGGCUUUAGAUAAUAAACCUUUGUGGGUUUGUUUGCCCCCUGCCUCCCUUUUCUGGUUAGCAGAUGGCAGAGUCCUGGGCAUGUCUUAAAUGAAAAAAGGAGGGAGGAGUACUCCAACUGUAAAUGGUGCUAAUAGAGGAAGUAGCCCGUCUUUGAGAAGGGAUAUGUAUUCAAUGAGUCUUCUACAUCCACCAGAAAACAAAGGCAGCUUGAUGCAAGCCUUAUUUUUCCUGCAACAUCUACUGUAAGUCACUCCCAGAAAACUCUUAAGCCCUUGAACUCCAAAAUUCCAGAUGGACAAUUUACAGGCUUGCACCAGGUCUUGAUCUCAGUUAAUAAGAAAUUGUAUCGGAGUGCAAGAAUUAAUCCUUUCUGAUUUUGCAGUCAGUUGCUCGUACUGAGAGUAAAAGGGAAGGCUUCUUUUUAUUAAGACAAACAAUGAAGGGUAUCUCAAUUUGAAUUAAAGAUUUUGGGGAUUUUUUUUUCCUCCCAAAAAGCACUUUACUGUAACUUCUUUUGUUAGACUACUCAAUCUAGAUCUCUUCUCUAAACUUUUCCCAGAGGUGUCUUGAUGAAAUAGGAUGUUGUUUAUGCCACUUGUCCUUGCAUAUGAAACCAUGGUUGUAAGUUAAUCUGUCUGGUUUCAAGGUAAAACUAAUUUUUUCCAAUGGUUAACGUGUUUCUCACCCCAGUUGUGCACUGAAGCUUCUAUGUGACAGCAGCUCUGGUGGUUCAACACUGAGAGGUUUUAGAGCCAAGUUUGCUGUAUGUUGACCUGAGUUGAUUCAUUGUAGAGAAGCAAGUAAUAGGGGGUGAAGGAACAGUAAUGCACUGUAACAGCCCUCCUGAACUCAGUGCAUCAGCCACUUACCCAAGUAAUAUAUCAGUGUACUUCUCAAAUACUUAAAAGUACUUUUAAAUAAAAGAUUAUCUUAAAGACUAUGAUUAAAAUACCUAACCUAAAACUAUUGACUGUUUUCUUCUCAGACUUUAAGCCGCAUGGAGAAUAGUCUUUGUCAUUACUGCACUUUAAACACCACCCUGCCUAUUAAACAUCACUGAAGCAAUGUGAUUGGGGGUAGCAGGGCAUAAGUUUAACAAUGCUCUGCUUCCCUAGAUCCAAGGGCUGGCUUGGAGCCAGUGCUGACAAAGCAUAUCCUGAAUUAGAAAUAAUGACCAUAAGGAAGCAGAAAGCAAAGUUCUGAUAAAUGUUUUUUCGAAGUCCCUUAAAAGUUUUGACAUUAAUUUUUCUUAGCGUUGAACUUUGUUGCAGCAGUACAGUGUUUUUGAUGCUGAAUUAUUACAUGGAAUAGAUGAGGUAAACAGUAUGGAUUUACAUGUAAUGCUCUGAUAUGCCAAAACUGACAGCUGAACAUUCCUCUUAC